AUGUAUGCACCCAAACAGUCAAUUUCACUAGAAUUUACUAGAUAUUAAGCUUAAUUUUAAGUUUCAUAUUAUCUUCUAUUUUAUGAACUAACUUCACCAUUUGGUUCUUUAAGUAUGAAAACCUUAUUUUAGUAGCAGGAGGCGUAGGAGUAUCACCAUUUCUGGCUAUCUUGAGUGACAUUCUCCAUCGUACUAGGGAAGGAAAAUCUUGUUUGCCUCGAAACAUCUUGAUUGUUUGGGCUGUGAAAAGAUCACCGAGCUUCCUCUUCUUUCUACCAAUGAUAUGGAAUCAAUCUGUCCAUUUUUUUUGGAUAAACUAAAUCAUGAGAUUCACAUUUUUGUCACUCAAGAAUCACAACCUCCAUUGGUAUGCUUAGAAGAGGGUCAAGUACACGAGGCUACAAACUCUUCUCCUCCUGUGUCUAACAACUGCAGCAUGUCAGUUUUGGUUGGUACAGGAAAUAAUAUAUGGUCUGGACUAUAUGUUAUCUUGUCUACACUAGGCUUUGUUAUCUUACUGUAUUUACUGGAUACUCUCUACAUAAACCCUUAUGACAUAUCUCCAUGGUGGUACAAAGGGCUUCUCCUUCUAAUCUGCAUGCUUGUAAGUGUCUUUAUCUUUGGAGCUGUUGUGGUUGGUUUGUGGCAUCUUUGGGAAAGACAAAAUGCAGCAAGGGAGGCAUGCAAGGAUAAGAGGAUAAUGGUUGAGAAGAUGCAGCAUAAUGAAAUUUUAGCCCACACGGAUUCAUGUCAGCAAAAACUUGCAAGUUCAAUCAAUAUUUAUUAUGGUUCGAGACCAGACUUCAAAGGUAUAGCAUCUCAACUUUUGUUCAAAACAUAAAUUAAAAGAAUAAUAUAACAACAAGAAUGACAAUGAUGAUGACGACAACCAAAUUUAGUCCCAACAAUAACAAUAGACUAGUGAAGGAUGGCCACGUGUAUUUUUACUUGUCAGGGACACCUUAUUGUGUACAUGUCUAUAGUAACUAAAUUUCACAUAAGCCAUCAAUCUACCACAACCCUCCUUUAUUUAUCAAGCUUAGGACAAGAUGUGAAC